ACGACACAAAUUUCUCAAACUCAAUUUCAAUCUCAACUCAAACAACUUUUCUCUUUCAAAUUUCUCCUCUCUAAACAUGAAGAACUUUUCCCAACGUUUUGUUGUCUUCACUUUGGUUGUUUUUCUUGCUCUAUCCUACAUAACAUCUGCUCGUGUCCUACUACCUAAACUUGAACAAGGUAAACAAGAAUUGGAGAUUAAGGAUAAUGCUACAAACAUUGAGGAUGUAUCCUAUCAGAUGGGGUUAGAUGAGAUUGAAGUAUGCAGGAAUAAAGGAGAAGAUUGCAAUGCUGAAAGGAAACUGCUUGAGGAGGCUCAUUUGGAUUACAUUUACACCCAAAAAUUUAACACCCCUUAAAAAUGUGAUACUAAUUACUAAGGAGGAUAUAUGUUGUAGUAGACAUGAUAUAGUUACUGAAUGAUUGUCACUUCAUGCAAACUAGAAAGUGUUAGGAGGCAGUAUUACCAGUAUAUUAUACAUAGUUCAUGCAAUAUGUAUGGCAGGAAGUAUCAAAUACCAAUAUGUGGAGAGGCAUCGAUCAUAUCAUAUAUUCA